AUGGUGCCCUGGGAGCCCUCCCCGCCCCGGCAGUGCGGCGGCGGCUGGACGCUCUGCGACUGCUGCUGCUGGCUGCUGCUGCCCGCCGUGCUGCUCGUCCUCGCCCGCCCCGACAAGCUGGCGGCCUUCCCUACCUCCUUAAGCGACUGCCAGACGCCCACCGGCUGGAACUGCUCCGGUUACGAUGACAGAGAAAACGAUCUCUUUCUCUGCGACACCAAUACCUGUAAAUUUGAUGGGGAGUGUUUAAGGAUUGGAGACAGUGUGACUUGUGUCUGUCAGUUCAAGUGUAACAAUGACUACGUGCCCGUGUGCGGCUCCAACGGCGACACCUACCAGAAUGAAUGCUACUUGAAACAGGCUGCCUGCAAGCAGCAGAGCGAAAUACUCCUGGUGUCCGAAGGAUCCUGUGCGACUGAUGCUGGCUCAGGAUCUGGGGACGGAGUCAAUGAAGGCUCAGGUGAAACCAAUCAAAAAGAGACAUCGACCUGUGACAUUUGCCAGUUUGGGGCAGAGUGUGACGAAGAUGCAGAGGAUGUUUGGUGUGUGUGCAACAUUGACUGUUCUCAAACCAACUUCAAUCCUCUUUGUGCUUCCGAUGGGAAAUCUUAUGAUAAUGCAUGUCAAAUCAAAGAGGCAUCAUGCCAGAAACAGGAGAAAAUUGAAGUCAUGUCUUUGGGUCGAUGUCAAGAUAAUGCUACAACAACUACAAAAUCGGAAGAUGGGCAUUACGCAAGAACAGAUUAUGCAGAGAAUGCAAAUAAACUGGAAGAAAGUGCAAGAGGGAUCUACAUCCCUUGUCCAGAGCAUUACAAUGGCUUCUGCAUGCAUGGCAAGUGUGAGCACUCCACUAACAUGCUGGAACCGUCUUGCAGAUGUGAUGCCGGCUAUACUGGACAACACUGUGAAAAAAAAGACUACAGCGUUUUAUAUGUGGUUCCAGGUCCAGUACGAUUUCAGUAUGUCCUAAUAGCAGCUGUGAUUGGAACCAUCCAGAUUGCUAUCAUCUGUGUUGUAGUCCUCUGUAUCACAAGGAAAUGUCCCAGGAGCAACAGAAUCCACAGACAGAAGCAAAACACAGGGCACUACAGUUCAGACAACACGACAAGAGCAUCGACAAGUUCUAGUGGCAAUUUUGAGUCUACUGAACUCAGUAGUAGGGUUUUGAGUUGGUCCAAGAUCAGCGACAAUUAUGGAUGUGGGAAAGGUGAAGAAUAA